AUGGAUUCCGGGUAUCCAGAUGAGAGCAAUGCACACUCAAGGAAUGAUUCCCCAGAUGAAGAAGAAAAGCAGAAGAGUUCAAGGUAAAGCAAAAAGUCUGUUCCAUUAUUUUCCAAUUAUUCAUGGUUUCCUUAAAACAAGUUUUCUUGCAGAGCCUUAAUUUUUCAAAUAUACAUGUAUUAAAGAUGGAAAAGUAGCAGAAAUAGGAAAAUUAGCAGCAGCAGUAAAUAAAUUGAUUAAUUGGCAUUUCAUGUUUUGUCAGUAUUCAUGUACAGUGGCACCCUGUAAAUACGCGACCACUGGGCCAUAAAAUACUGGUCUCAAUAACACGGUGGUCGUAUUAACAGGUUCUUCAAAAUAAUAAGAUGUCUCAAUGAUUUUUACUUUUGGGUCGAAAGAAUAUGGUUGUAAUGACGAGGAGGUGGUAUAAACGAUGUGGUUGUAAGAUUGGAUUCCACUGGAAAUAACUUUUAUAUGGGCGUCACGUUUCUUGCAAUUUUCCUAAUAGCCGAGCAGCAUCUCAGAUUCGUGGCCUUAAACAACAGCUUUGGCCUGAUUCUAUGCAAGUUUCGUGCCUUUAAGUUCGAAAGGCUCUGUGCCCUUUGAUUUUUAAGGGUCGUUUUGGAAGUGUUUUUACACAGUAUCACAAUAAACUUCACUCAAUAGAACGAGACAAUAGUGCAUAUAUCACCGGGGGCACCCAACGACGGUUUCCUCCAAAAGAAGUUGAAAACACUUUGUAGGCUAUCCAGAGUACCUUUAGAUCUCUAGAAAUGCAUUCUAAGCAGCGCUACAAAAUUUUUAUCUGUUCGGUCAUCCUCAGGAGAACUUAAGUCUUUUCGAAAUUACAAGGGCUUCAGUAUUAUUCUCCCGAAAAUUUUAGGUGCAAUUUAACGUUUUACAAAAGUGAGACUUUUUCUGAUUCCUCUCUCCAUCGCAUUUUUUUUCAAAAAUCUUAGAAAAAUACUGUCACCUGGGUCAGUAAAAUAUGAAAAAUUAAACUUCAGAAAAUCGUGGGGAAUUUAUUAGAUAAGCUUCGAAAAUUCUACAUGAAUGGAACGUUCAGCUAGAAAAUUUUAGCUGUCCUCUAGCAAAAGAAAAUUCUAGGCAUAAUUUGCUUCUGCGAACAGAUAUUUUUUAGAAAACAGUCGUUGGGUGCCCCUGAUAUAUUGACUUGGUAUAUCGAGCAUCACCCGCACGGGCAGCCUGGAGUCCUGGAGUUGAAUUCUUAAGGGCUUUAUCUAUGUUCAAAUAGAGAAGGGAAACUUUGUCGUAGUAUGUCCACGUCCUCCUUAAAACGUCGCAUUGGGAGGUUUCACGUCGUAGUCAUGCACUGGACGUCAAAGAAAUGUACUGAAAAGCGUGAUGCACGUGCAGAGCAGUAGUUUUGCUCAUAAAACCAAAUGUUUUUUACUUUGUUGUUGUUGUCGUCGUCGUCGUUGCUUAAGGUCCCUAUUACACCUUUUGCUGUUCUUUAAAAGAAUAUACAUAUUCAUUUGCGUGAAACGGCGACCAAUAGGGCGGAGAUACAUUCAUUAGCGCGAAAAAACGAACAUUUGCGCAUAAAUCGGAUUCAAUUACGAUUCUUGCAUUUUAAUCAACAUUCAAUAACACUUUUGAGCAUUCAUAUGCGUCAUUCGGCAUACAAAAGUGAAAAAUAUACUUUCAUUAACGCCAACAUCCUAGUCAUUAACACCAUCUUGAAAUUCAACAGGGACAACAGACAAACAUUAAAGUGCAAAUUGAAACACUAUUCAUCAACACUUUUAUGACACUCUUUACAAUUCAGUAACAUUCCUGGACUUUACCGGAUAGCUUUUCGUGGCAGCUAAACCCGGGUUAUGGAGUUUAUUUUAUUUUUCGUUUAUGUUUGCACAGGGCUGGAAAUUAGCCUGCGAGCAAACUCUCCAUUUGGAGGAUAUCGUGAAAAGUACACACGCGAGAGGAGACGCGACAGCGGGGAGCGGGGGAGAGAAAGGAGAGCUUGCACCGAUCUUGAUCCGAAUGUGUUAGUAUGGUUAUAUGUUUUCCUGUAAACCCCGUGCUGAUCAGUUUUUUAUUCCGCGGGCUUGAGAUUUAAGCUAAACCGUCAACAAAACCAACACAGUCCUCACUCAUCUUUCAAAGAAGGAGAGAGCGGUCUUCUUCCUCGCCCAGUAUUCUUCUUCGGAAAAUGGAGUGAUCUUCCUGAUUUCCAUAAGCAUCAUGUUUCUAACUUAUGCGACAAGGAAUGUCAUCAAUCAAAUUUAAUUGACGGUGCGUCAUUUUUCAGCCAAUGGUAUUUCGUUUCGUCUGGCCGGGCGAAGCAGAAAUGAAAAUUGAUAUAGAGAUCGUGGCAAACUAUCCUUUUCCUCCACCCCUCGCGGCGUCGUCGCUCGCUCGCUCGCUUGCGCGUUCUCCCAAAAUUAUUUGUUGACUUGUGGUAACUCUUCCUGAAGGCUUGGACUUCUGCUAAGCAAAUUAAAUAGCAUACAUAAUUUAUGAGCUUAAAAUGGUUAAUAAAAUCCGGAGAAAAGGAUCUGUAGGUCCAAGACUUAACUUCCUAAAUUUACGUUUCAACCAAAAUCAAUCAUGAUUGAUUGACAACAGCCUGUUAAUAUGAGGUUACACAAUCAUUUUUGCCAAGUUUGGGUACACUUUGGUAACCUUUGCCGUUGUGGAGUGCUGCUUAUUGUAGCGUUUAAGACAAGGAUGGAUGUUAUUACUGUCUGUUGAACAAAAAAAUUUUUUUCCUGGUGUGAGCUUGUUUUUUUUUCUUUUCUUUUCUCUAGGAGUGUUUUAAAGAAAAAGUUGUACAAGGUAUCUUUCCCUGGCUACAGUAGCAUGGAGACCCAGUCUUGUGAGUCCCUAGGUCAAGAAACCGUUCGCAACCUCGUAGAGAGGAUAUUCAAUGAGUCCGGUAAUAAACGUCUGAAACCUCCAUUUGAAAAUAUGUUGUUUUAUAAUGCAAAUAAUGAAUGUCUCAAUGUUGGUCUGCCGGUUGGAGUAUUGUCCAACGAGGAAACCUACAAAUGUUCCUUCGAAAAUGAUCUUAAGUUUCAUCCAAGUGACUUAUGUCGCCUGUAUGCUGUGAAAGACUUUAGUAUGGACUGGACGUUGGGCUAUUUCCUUGUAUCAUUUUCCGAGGGAGAGAUUGCUUCUGACGUCAGCGAAUUCUCAAAGAUCAUUAAAACCAAGAUGAAGGUUGACUUCUUCAAUGAUGAGACCAUUUUUGAAGCCUUAGUAAGGGAUAAAAGAUUCAAGGAGGAAAAGCUACGUUAUUGUAAAGCAUUAAAUUGUGAUCAGGGACAAAUCAGUCUGUCUUUUCAAGCUUCUGACAUUCAAGGAAAGUGCAUUGAGAUUUUUCCUUUAGAAGAAGAAGAUACUGCAUUGCCCGAAGACGUUCCACCACGACCCCAACCAGAUCCUUCUGCAACAACUGCCAGUAUAACACAAAGCAAGAUAAAGCAAGAGUCUACUUCAGUUACAUCUUCUUCAACUCCCAGUAGUCUGACACCGGUGGAUUCGAGUACCCCCUUGACAGGAACAUUUGUUAAGACGGGGGAGAAAUCUGGCCCAUCAAUUGAGAUAACACGCUGUACGAUUGACACCAAACACAAAGAAUUAACCUUUAAAAAUGAAAAGGAACUAAUUAAGCAGCAUGUGAAGUUCGAACAGUUUGCUCUAAAGCAAGGCUGCCGGACCUAUGUCUGCGAUUUGGAGGAACUCACAAAAAUCGCCGAGUCCGUUGGUGCUAUCCUCGCGUUGGGUAAUGCAAAGCAACCUCUUCUCUUUGGUACAUGUUUUAGAAUAGGUACAGUGUACAUUAUCACAAGCUACCAUGUGAUUGACAAUAUUUUCAAACGACAGGUACCAAAAAAUGCCGUUUUUGUUGAUUUCAACUUCAAGAAAGCGGAUGAAUCGCAUCGAGAGCGAAGAUCUAUUGAUCGCGUGCUUAUGGGGUCCGAGGAACUAGACUACGCCAUAUUAAAAAUGAAAGAAUCAGAAGAUGUCCUCCCGCCGUGUAUUUUUUCGCAUGGUGUCAGCAUCAUGAAUCCUGAUAAUAGUGACUGGACCAAGCUGGAUGGACUACCUCUCAGACUUAUCGGCCACCCAGAUGGAGAACCAAAACAGAUCGACCUAAGGUGCACUGUAGAUAAAAGACCGCAGGACAGCCUGAAGCUUUACGUGGAAAACAUACGAAAGGGAGAACCAGACGAAGAAGCAAAGAAAGAGUGCCUUAAUAUCAAGGACAAGAAUAGAGGAAGAUAUCAGACUAGCGAGUUUUUCCAUGGAUCAUCUGGGUCUCCGGGGAUAGUACGGCAACAUGGUAGGAAGUGGCUGGUUUUUCUCCACUGUGGUGGGUCCAAAAAUAUAAGGAACGAGUUUUUUAUUGAGCAAGGAGUGCUUCUCACCGAAAUAUACAAAGACGUUGACAAACAAAUUGAAGACGCUCAGCGAAACCCCUAUGAAGCUAAUAAUCCAUUGAAAGAUAUUAAGCUAGAAGACAUUUUUGGUUCAGUCGAUAGUGAGCCAGAGGAGAUCUUCAGCUGA